GCACCCCCAGCGCCAGCCUGCAGGGAAAAACCGCUGUGGGGAUAACAACGGAGGCUGCACCCACCUGUGUCUGCCCAGUGGCCAGAACUACACCUGUGCCUGCCCCACGGGCUUCCGCAAGAUCAGCAGCCACGCAUGUGCUCAGAGAUGGACAUCCGUCGGAUCAGCUUCGACACAGAGGACCUGUCCGACGAUGUCAUCCCACUGGCUGACGUGCGCAGUGCUGUGGCCCUUGACUGGGACUCCCGGGAUGACCACGUGUACUGGACAGACGUCAGCACUGAUACCAUCAGCAGGGCCAAGUGGGAUGGAACAGGACAGGAGGUGGUAGUGGAUACCAGUCUGGAGAGUCCUGCAGGGCUGGCCAUCGACUGGGUCACCAACAAGCUGUACUGGACAGACGCAGGUACAGACCGGAUUGAAGUGGCCAACACCGACGGCAGCAUGCGGACUGUCCUCAUCUGGGAGAACCUUGACCGCCCUCGGGACAUCGUGGUAGAACCCAUGGGCGGGUACAUGUACUGGACCGACUGGGGUGCAAGUCCUAAGAUUGAGCGAGCUGGCAUGGAUGCUUCCAGUCGCCAGGUCAUAAUCUCCUCCAAUCUGACCUGGCCUAAUGGACUGGCCAUUGACUAUGGGUCCCAGCGGCUGUACUGGGCUGAUGCUGGCAUGAAGACGAUAGAAUUUGCUGGACUGGACGGCAGCAACCGGAAGGUGCUCAUCGGAAGCCAGCUGCCCCACCCUUUUGGUCUGACCCUCUACGGAGAGCGAAUCUACUGGACGGACUGGCAGACCAAGAGCAUCCAAAGUGCCGACCGGCUGACCGGGCUGGACCGGGAGACCCUGCAGGAGAACCUGGAGAAUCUCAUGGACAUCCACGUCUUCCACCGGCGGCGGCCCCCAGUGACCACACCAUGCGCUACAGAGAAUGGCGGCUGCAGCCACCUGUGUCUGCGGUCCCCAAAUCCGAGUGGCUUCAGCUGUACCUGCCCCACAGGCAUCAACCUGCUGCCUAAUGGCAAGAAGUGUUCACCAGGCAUGAACAGUUUCCUCAUCUUCGCCAGGAGGAUAGACGUGCGCAUGGUCUCCCUGGACAUCCCUUAUUUUGCUGACGUGGUGGUGCCAAUCAACAUUACCAUGAAGAACACCAUUGCCAUUGGAGUGGACCCGGAGGCAGGAAAGGUGUACUGGUCUGACAGCACACUACACAGAAUCAGCCGGGCCAACCUGGACGGCUCCUGGCACGAGGACAUCAUCACGACAGGGCUGCAGACGACAGAUGGGCUCACGGUGGAUGCCAUUGGCCGCAAAGUAUACUGGACAGACACAGGAACGAACCGGAUCGAGGUGGGCAACCUGGACGGGUCCAUGCGGAAGGUGCUGGUAUGGCAGAACCUGGACAGCCCGAGGGCCAUCGUGCUGUAUCACGAGAUGGGGCUCAUGUACUGGACAGACUGGGGGGAGAACGCCAAGCUGGAGCGCGCCAGCAUGGAUGGCUCCGAGCGCACCGUGCUAAUCAACAACAACCUUGGCUGGCCCAAUGGGCUGACGGUGGACAAAGCCAGCUCCCAGCUGCUGUGGGCCGACGCUCACACCGAGCGAAUCGAGGCCGCUGACCUGAAUGGUGGCAGUCGACACACACUGGUGUCGCCAGUGCAGCACCCCUAUGGCCUCACUCUGCUGGACUCCUACAUCUACUGGACUGACUGGCAGACGCGCAGCAUCCACCGUGCUGACAAGGGGACUGGCAGCAAUGUCAUCCUGGUGAGGUCCAAUCUGCCAGGCCUCAUGGACAUCCAGGCUGUGGACCGGGCACAGCCACUGGGUCUUAACAAGUGCGGCUCGAGAAAUGGUGGCUGCUCCCACCUCUGCCUGCCUCGGCCUUCUGGCUUCUCCUGUGCCUGCCCCACCGGCAUCCAGCUGAAGGCGGAUGGCAAGACCUGCGACCCCUCCCCUGAGACCUACCUACUCUUCUCCAGCCGAGGCUCCAUCCGGCGUAUCUCGCUGGACACCAGCGAUCACACCGAUGUGCACGUCCCGGUGCCUGAGCUCAACAAUGUCAUCUCGCUGGACUAUGACAGUGUGGACGGGAAGGUCUACUACACGGAUGUCUUCCUGGAUGUGAUCAGGCGGGCCAACCUGAAUGGCAGCAACAUGGAGACAGUGAUCGGGCGAGGGCUGAAGACCACUGAUGGGCUGGCGGUGGACUGGGUGGCCAGGAACCUGUACUGGACGGACACGGGCCGAAAUACUAUCGAGGCAUCACGGCUGGAUGGCUCAUGCCGCAAAGUACUGAUCAACAACAGCCUGGAUGAGCCCCGGGCCAUUGCAGUGUUCCCCAGGAAGGGAUACCUCUUCUGGACGGACUGGGGCCACAUCGCCAAGAUCGAGCGGGCGAACCUGGAUGGUUCAGAGCGGAAAGUCCUCAUCAACACGGACCUGGGUUGGCCCAAUGGCCUCACCUUGGACUAUGAUACCCGCAGGAUCUACUGGGUGGAUGCACAUCUGGACCGCAUUGAGAGCGCUGACCUCAACGGGAAGCUGCGACAGGUCCUGGUCAGCCACGUGUCCCAUCCCUUUGCCCUCACACAGCAGGACAGGUGGAUCUACUGGACAGACUGGCAGACUAAGUCCAUCCAACGUGUGGACAAGUACUCGGGCCGCAGCAAGGAGACGGUGCUGGCCAAUGUGGAGGGGCUCAUGGACAUCAUCGUGGUCUCCCCUCAGCGGCAGACAGGGACCAAUGCCUGUGGGGUGAACAACGGUGGCUGCACCCACCUCUGCUUUGCCAGAGCCUUGGACUUCGUGUGUGCCUGUCCUGACGAGCCCGAUGGCAGGCCAUGCUCCCUGGUACCUGGUCUGGUGCCCCCAGCUCCCAGGGCUACCAGCAUGAGUGAAAAUACCCCAGUGCUCCGCAACACGCUGCCCCCCACCUUUCACUCUUCUACCAGCAGGACCCGCACGGCCCUGGAGGAAGUGGAAGGAAGGUGCUCUGAGAGGGAUGCCAGGCUGGGCCGCUGUGCACAUUCCAAUGAUGCUGUACCUGCCACGCCAAGUGAAGGACUUCACAUCAGCUACGCCGUCGGAGGGCUCCUUAGCAUUCUGCUGGUUUUGGUCGUGAUUGCGGCUUUGAUGCUAUACAGACACAAAAAAUCCAAGUUCACUGAUCCUGGAAUGGGCAACCUGACCUACAGCAACCCCUCCUACCGAACUUCCACUCAGGAAGUGAAAAUUGAAGCAAUCCCGAAACCGGCCAUGUACAAUCAACUGUGCUAUAAGAAAGAGGGUGGGCCCGACCAUAACUACACCAAGGAGAAGAUCAAGAUCGUCGAGGGAAUCUGCCUCCUGUCUGGGGACGAUUCGGAGUGGGAUGACCUGAAGCAGCUUCGCAGCUCCCGGGGGGGUCUUCUGCGGGAUCACGUGUGCAUGAAGACAGACACGGUGUCCAUCCAGGCCAGCUCUGGCUCCCUGGAUGACACAGAGACGGAGCAGCUGCUGCAGGAAGAACAAUCCGAGUGUAGCAGCGUCCACACUGCAGCCACUCCAGAAAGACGGGGCUCCCUUCCAGAUACGGGCUGGAAACACGAAUGCAAGCUCUCCUCAGAGAGCCAGGUCUAAAUGCCCACGGCUCUUCCUGCCUGCCUGUUCCUUCUCCUCUAUGGACUUCCGGUCCUUGUGCUCACUUUUACAGCAGGGCCCCUUCCGGUGUGCUCAUCCCCCUCUUCCCACCCCAUCACUCCCCCAACCCCUCCAUGGGAGCUGUUUUCCCUCUGAGUCCAUAACUACUUGGGCACAAGAAAUGAGGGCUCAUCGUGAGAAUUGAGACCUGGACUUCACCACAAACCUCAUCUCUUGCAUCCGUCCUGCAGCCCCUGAAGUGGGACUCAGUAAAGAUUCUUUGUCAGUGCAGAGUUCCACCCACCCUUCCCCAGGCCCCUCAGUGCCUGGCCCACAGCACUGAUGCAAGACUGUGCUCCCUGUCACAGCUAACAUGAUGGCUUCUCUGAGAACUUGGCCACUGGGGGCUGGGCAGAGGAUCAUAGGUAGAGAGAGGGGCGAUGGGUAGAGACUGAGAGAAGGAAGAGCAUGCCCAGCGGGUCUGGGAAACCUCCAAUCUCAUGUGUUGCUAAUAUGAGAAAGCUCUUGGGCGUACUCGGGUGUCCUGGGUGUCCUGUCCAUUGCUGGCAGUGGACAGUUUUCCAGCCCUCAAUGUCACUGCUUUGGCAGCUGCAGAUGCCAGUGAGAGGUGGGUGUGGCUUGCCCUUUCUCCCUACUGUUGUGAUUGUCUGGAGACUUUUCUCCCUCAGAUGACUGGAGCCCCUUGCCGGGCUACUGGCUGUUAGGAGUUCCCUCUGGGUGCUGCCGCUGGCCAGUACCUUUCUUAUAUCUUGGAAGUCACCAGGAGGGCAGCCAGUGGCUUGAGUGGAUUGGGCCUCAGGGGCCGAAUCUGAGAAGCUCCACCUAGACCAACAUAGCAUCCCCACCUGACCUUCAGGGUUCUGUCAUGCUGUCCCCCAGGCUCUGGAUUUCCUAGGGAAGUGAUCCUGCCACAGUCUUUCAAAGAACUAGAAGUUGCCAUAAGUGGUCAUGAAGAGCAAAUAGAGACAUGGGCCACCUGGGGACUGAAGAGAACUUCCUGUGUUCUUCCUCAGCUGCUCAGGGACAGGGACAGAGCUUAUGGCUGGCUGAGGUGGCAACAUUCUAUUCCAACUUUUUUUAGCUGACUGACUUUCCAUGCCAAAAGGGCACCACUGGGUUCAUCCUCAUUCACACCAAGAGCACGCGUCUCAGGCAUGGAGUGGGGGAUUUGAGGCUUUCUGCUGCCCUAAAAUUUAUCCCUAGCACUUCUUCACUUUGUGGGGAAGGGGGGCCUUGGUUUACUUUUUCAGACAUAGCCUUAUGGCACCAGCAAUCUCUUAAAGUCCUGUGGCAAAGAGGGCUAGAGGAAUUAAAAAAGGGGUAAGCAGGGAGUAGAAAGGUAAGAGGAACCACAGCUGCAGCCUCUCAGUCCAGGGCAGACCCAGACCUCUCUUCUCCCCAGGGAACAGGAGCAGGAGAGGAUGAUGAGGGGCUGAGAAGGGAGGGGAGGGUUUUUAAGGAAAUUUUCCUGAUAUGAAAUAUCUCCCUUGGUUGUUAGAAUUGAGAAAUCAGCAGCCAAACUUGAGAGUGAAAAAGAAGGCCAAGAUCCGAUCUUUUCUGGUCAGUUACAUGAAUGCUAGAGACAGAUGCCCAGCCGCAUCGCAUCCCUGCUUUCCGUAGCCAGGCCUGGGCCUCCACAUAAGCCAAGAAGGCUGAAAACAGCACACCAGGUGGGAGAGAUGGGGGGCUAUUCCCAGGAAGAAAUGGAGACAAUGCACAGCUGAUGAGGCAGUAAAAGAAGCAGCAGUUGAGCCCUUAAAUUUACAAUUGGGAAGGAGAAGAAAGUAAAAAAGUUGCAUUUUCUUGAUGGAAAGGGGGAAGGUUCUUAUUGCACUUGGGCUGUUCAGAAUGUAGAAAGAACAUAUUUGAGGAAAUAUAUAUUUGAGCACUGAUUUAGUCUGUAAAAAAACAAAACAAAGUCUCUCUGUCCUAAACUAAUGGAAGUGAUUCUCCUGCGCUCAUGUGUAAUGGUUUUAACGUUACUCACUGGAGAGAUUGGACUUUCUGGAGUUAUUUAACCACUAUGUUCAGUAUUUUAGGACUUUAUGAUAAUUUAAUAUAAAUUUAGCUUUUCUUAAUGACCUUGCCUGGCUUGGAGUCAUGACUAAUCCUGGAGCUCUGCUAGCCGGCUGGGGGACCACCUGCCUGCCCUAGGAUCUUUGAGGAUGGGGCACAGUGACAAGAAAGGGGGUGAGAUCAAGAUCAGAGUUCAGGGUUGGGGAUUUAGCUCAGUGGUUUUGCGGCCUGCUGCGCAAGCGCAAGGACCAGAGUUCGAUCCCCGGACCAAAAAAAAAAAGAUCAGAGUUCACUGACUUUUGACACCUCUAGAAGAAGGAUGACAGAUAGCUUUUCAUCAGCAGUGCCAACUCAUCGGUUGGUAGUGGCUGCCUGAGGUCUUGCCGGACUUGAUGGGAAAAGUGGCCUGGUCAUUAGUGACAGCUCGUUAGUGGCACUGUGGCCUUCUAUUUCUGUUCUGGGUCUUUAAGGACUUCACUGAACUUGACUGCCUUGCAUUGAUGGUUGCUGGCCAGACUGUGAUGUAGAAGGAAAAAUCUAAGAAUAGGGACAAGGAGGGCUAAUUCUAGUCCCAGAUCUGCCGCUAUCUCUGAUCUUAGCAACUUUCAUAGGUAUUUCUGGGAGUGGAUGAUUAAGAUUCUAUUUAGGGGCCUGGGCUUUAGCUCAGUGGUUCUGCUGCCUGCCUGCCUCGCAAGCUCAAGGUCCUGAGUUCAAUCUCCAGUACCAAAAAAAAAAAAAAAGAUUGUAUUUAUUUCUUAAAAGCUGCCUUCUUGCCAGGUGUGAUAGUAUACAUCUGUAAUCCCAGCACUCUUGGAGGCUGAGGCAGGAGGAUUAAGUUCAAAUCCAGCUUGGACAAUUUAGUGACUCAGCAAAGCCCGCUCUCAUAAUUAAAAAUAAAACAGGACUGGAGAUACAGCUCAGUGCAAAGGCCCUAGAUCAGUCCAUCUCCAGAGAUAUAUAGAUAGACAGACAGACUUCUGGCUCCUCCAAUAGGCUGGAACUAGGAGUUGGGGAUCCCUUCUCAGCUUCUCUGGAUAUGGUAGUGCUCAGUGACAAUUGGGAAUCGUGCUGGUGUCAAUGCAAGAUGCAGAAUGUGAUAACAAGUCUCAGUAGUUCUCAACCAUAAAUGAUCCAUAAACUGGGCCUAGUAGCACACCACCUGUAAGACCAGCACUCUGGGAGGCUGAGGCAGGAGGGCUGCAAUUUCAAGCCCAGUCUGGCCAAUUUAGUGACUUACUGAGACCCUGUCUCAAAAUGAAAGAUAAAGGGCUGGGGAUGCAUCUCAGUGCAAAGGCCCUGACUUCAGUCCCUAGAAUCACCAAGUACACACACACACACACACACACACGCAUACACACACACAGUGUCGAUAGAAUAAUACCUCACUCAUUCUCAUCUACUACGGGCCAGAUGCUGUCUGUGCCUAAACAAGAAAUACAGUCUCACAGAGUUUCAAAUCUAGCAACACCACUAUCACUACCUCCCGCACCACCACCCACCAAAGAGAAGACGAUGAUAAAAGCAAGCAAGGUCGAAGCCUCUUGCAUUUAAGUGACAAGAGAUAUGACUCUAAACUUCAGUGGAUCAUUUUUCCCCUGGUAGAUGUUCCAGGACAGGAACAAGGACAACCAUCUCCCUCCCCCACUACUCUUUUAAAACAAACAAAAAGAGAAGAAAGGAGGAAUCUUUUUUUUGGUACUGGGGAUCGAACUCAGGUCUUUGCACUUGCACCACAGGCAGCGAAACCACUGAGCUAAAUCCCCGGCCCAAAAAGGAGGAAUCUUGAAGAUGGGUUGAUAAUUCCUUGUCUGAUUGUCUGGAUGCCAUACCUGAAACUGAUAAGUCAAAUUCUAACUGGACAUACCUCAGAAAACUACAUUCCAAAUGAAGUCAGUGCCUUUCUGUAUUAUAUGAACAAACUGGAACUCAAGAUGAAAAGAUCUCUAGCUCAUAGGAAGGUCUCCACGGCAUGAACUGACGCUUCCAUCAAACCUAGGCCUGAAGAAAAUGGAAAGGCAGUGAAACACAGCAACCUAGGUGAACUUUUGUACAUGAGCUGAAGCCGAUCCCAGAACACAGGUGCAUAAUUGUAAUCCUGAGGCUGAGGCAGGAAGAUCUCAAACUCAAAGUGCUGGCAUGGGCAAUUUAGCAGCUUUGCGAGCUUUGUCUCAAACUAAAAAUAACGAAGGCUGGGCUUGUAGCUCAGUGUGAAGGCCCUGGGUUCAAUCCUGAAGACCAAAAACAGUGCUGAGGGUAAAUACGGCACUAAGUGUGAUAUGCUGCUGUUCAAAGGAACCCAGCAAGGUUUAGUUCUCAGAUUUCUAUUUAUGGACAUAACGAUGAAAGAAAUGUGGUUGAGGGGCCAGGGAUGUAGCUCAGUGAUAGGACCCUUACCUAGAAUGUGUAAGGCUCUAGGUUCAAUCCCCAGAACCAUACACACAAAAAGUGGUUGAGUCCUUUUUAGGCUGAGAAAGUCAAGUAUGUCUUCUCUUCAUACGGAAAGAUGACUCGACUGAUCCAUCUAGGAUGUUUGAUCCAUCGCAUAUGUUUGGGGAUUUUGAGGCAGUCGUUGUUUUGAAACAUUCCCUCACUUGCCCAUUUAUUUUCUCUGUGGACCCAGGAGAGCUCAGCCCAGGGAUGUCUUAUCUCCAGCCAAAGCUGGAAACAGCAGAUUAUGUAGCUUGGGGCUAACACAGCCACUGCUGUUUCAUUUCCCUGGACUUAAAGAGCCAAGAAUGUUUGCAUAUCUUGCAUAUCCCACAUGUCCCACAUACCCCUUCCCUGUGGCUUCCCUCCUGCCCCUCCAAAGCCUGCUGAUAGUCUACCGUGAGUCCCUAUCUCUCCCUCUGUGCCUUCCUCUGUGGUGGGGGUGAUAUUUCUGUGGUCAGAGUUCUUGGAAAGCUUGCAUGUUGGAGGCUAUGGAAAAUAGGCUGAAGGUGGAUCAGUCAUUCCUUCGUUCAACCAACUCCUAUCAAAUGCAAGCAUGUAGGACUUACAGUAUUGGAGAUCCCUUAGGCACAAACCCCAUAGCUGCUUGACAUCGAAUUAGUGUUGUAUCACUGCCACCUGUGAGAAAUAAUGUAGGGGCACUUGGGCUGAAAGGUAAAAGAAAGCUAUCAUUGAAGCUGCUCCUUUUGCCAGGUAUGGUUGCACACACCUGUCAUCCCAGCACUUGGGAAGCUGAGGCAGGAGGAUUGCUGAGGGUUCAAGGCCAGCCAGCCUGUGCUACAUAGUUCAAGGCCAGCUGGACUACAUAGCAAGGCCCUGUAAAAAAAAAAAAAAAAAA